AUGGAGAGUCUGGAUGAACUAGAGCACCCUCUGCUAGGAAGGGAGAGCCCCAAGGCAGAUCCCCGAGGCCUGGGUACUACCUGCACCACUAACCGCCUGUUCAACGGUGUCCUGAUGAUGUGUGAGGAGGAUAAGACACUGCCCCCACUGGGCUGGAGGGUUUACCGCGGGGGGGCAGGAGAACCAGGACCAGGGGAGCUUGGGUACCAGCAGGCCCAGCAACAGCUGUUAGAUCCUUGCUCCCUCCCCAGCACUCUGGAGACCCUGUACCCACCAGCUCCUCUCUGGGGCCACCCUGACGCCAUGGGUCUGGGGAACAAGGACUAUUUGGAGACCACGUUUGUGGACAUCUACCCCGAGUCACCGCUGGAGAGGAAACUGUUUGCAGAGAGCGAACAGGACAUUCACUCUGUCUUCUACAGCCUGGAGGACGAAGACGAUCUGCUGCCCAACUACGAGGACUCGUCCAGUGAUGAAGAGUUCAGUGAUAUGGACAGUGACAGUAACUUCCCCCUGAUGAUUCCUCAGGAUUACCUGGGUAUUGCUUUCUUCUCCAUGCUCUGCUGUUUCUGGCCUCUAGGCAUCGCUGCCUUCUACCUGUCUCAGAAGACCAACAAGGCAUCGGCUCAGGGGGACAUCCAGGGAGCGAGUACAGCGUCCCGCCAAGCCCUGUGGCUCUCUGUCCUCUCCAUGGUGUUUGGGAUCAUCACGUACAUCUGUGCUAUCGCUGCUCUCAUCUCUUAUCUGUCUGGGAACCCACCGUAAUCCCUGGCUGGAGACACACACACAGUAUACACACACACAAAUAGUAAACACACAGUAAAUACACACACACACACACACAAAUAGUAAACACACAGUAAAUACACACACACACACACACACACACAAAUAGUAAACACACAGUAAAUACACACACACACACACACACACACACACAAAUAGUAAACACACAGUAAAUACACACACACACA